AGCAAGCUCGACACGUACGAGAGGUAAGGGCGAAUACAGCGAGGUCUGGCUGAGUGAAUCCUGGCGUCUGCCACACAGAGAACUUCAAAGCACUUCGAGUUUUCCCUCAACAUUACGAAAUGGAAGAUCUGAGGGUUCCCUUAAAGAAGGACCUGGUGUGCCCAGAGGCUGCCAAGUAUUCCGAAGAUCACAGCCUACGGCUUCACCCAGUACAGAAAAAGCUCAUGGAGGUCACUAAAAGUCACUACUUCGGAUCCAUGUUGGGCGACAGUUGCCAGCUUCAGUUUUUCCAAAUACUGUUGAAAACGAUGUCGGCUAAGAAGUACCUCGAAAUAGGUACCUUCACGGGCUACAGUGCAGUGUCCGCAGCAUUGGCCCUGCCUCCAGACGGAAAGGUGGUGGCCCUGGACCUCUACGAGAACCUAGUAAACGUGGGCAGGCCUCACUGGAAGGAAGCUGGCGUGGAGGACAAGAUCGAGAUGAGGUUUGGCCAAGCUGUUGAGUCCUUAGACGCCCUGCUGAGCGAAGGUCAGGCUGGCACGUUCGACUUUGUGUUCAUCGACGCGGACAAGGAGAACUACGACAAAUACUACGAGAGGUCUCUGCAGCUGCUCAGAAAAAAUGGCCUCAUCGCCAUCGACAACGUGCUGUGGCGGGGCCUGGUCUACGACCCCAGCGACAAAUCAACGGAAGUUGCGGCGCUGCGGGAGUUCAACAAAAAGCUACACGAGGACGAGCGGAUAGACGUCUGUCUGCUACCUCUCGCCGAUGGGAUCACGUUUGCCAGGAAGAGGUGAUGGACAGCUCUACAAGACUGUCGUCACCAGUCGCCUUACCGCAAUCAAUAAAGUGGGAUGUCAUUUUUGUCAUGAA